UCCAUUUUCUAGCGCGAAAUUUGUAUGGGGCUAUAAAACAAACGAUUACAAUAUAUGCAUCUUUUUUUGUGUGUGUUUCAGGCAUCACGUUGUUUUAGUUCAGCCUCAAAGCAAGCUGCACGUGAAAACUCUUUUAGAUCUAAAAGACUCUCUGGAGUUGGAUUUCUGGAACAACGUACUGGUAGAGGGCCGCGCUGGUUUGAUCCAAGUACCACCCGAGAGUGUCGACGAAAUUAUCAGUGUUAUGGAGUCAUCCGGAAUGCAGUACCACAUCAAGACAGACAAUCUGCAAAGCCUGAUCAAUGCGGAGAAGCACCUCAUGGUUCCCGAUGAACAAGUCGAUUCCUCCCAGGAACCGUCAUCGGAGGAGUUAUUUGACUUUUCUAAGUAUCACAGCUACAAAGCGGUGACGCGGUCACUCUCGGCGUACGCAAAGGCCCACAGUUUCGUACAGCUGCAGACGAUCGGACAGACUCACGACGACAACGAUAUCGUCGCCGUUAGGGUCGCUAGAAGACAAGCGCUUCCCGUCAUUCUCAUUGACUGCGGAAUCCAUGCCAGGGAGUGGGUGACCAUAUCGGCCUGUAUGUACAUCAUCAACGAGCUCAUUGGUGCUGAGGCUCCUGGAUCCAACAUCUCGUCCAUAGUGAAUUCUUACGAGUGGUGGGUGAUUCCCUGCCUCAACCCAGACGGAUAUGAGUUUUCUCGAAAAAAGAACCGACUCUGGAGGAAGAAUCGAUCGCUCCAGUACAGUUUCAACGGAACUCGAUGUGCGGGCACGGACUUAAAUAGAAAUUUCGACGUUUCAUUUUGCAGCGGCCAGGAUGAAGCAGACCCCUGCAAGGAGACGUUCUGCGGCAAAGCCCCCUUCUCCGAGCCCGAAACGCACGCUUUUCGGGAGCUCGUCGCGGAGCUUCGGAACCGUAUUGCGUUCUACUUCAGCCUGCACGCCUUCGGAGAUCUCUGGCUCAUUCCAUACAGCUUCCGGGUGGAGAGGCCCCCGGACUACGACGAACUGAUGGCGAGGGCCACCCGCGCAGUCCGGGCUAUUAAAACGCUCAGUGGGGAGACAUACAAAGCUGGCCCUGUGUCUUCAAUGCUGUACCUGGCACCAGGCACGGCCAUCGACUGGAUGUACGUGAAGAAGUCUAUCCGGAUGAGCUUCACGGUGGAAGUUUCUGGCGAGAAAGUUGGCUUCUUGCUCAGCCAGAGCGAGAUCGCGCGCACUUCGAAGCAGGUGUGGACAGGAGUGCUCGCCGUCGUUCAGUGAAGAGCUCCGGAGAGCUGGAAGGAACUGUUCAGCCGGGGUCACACUGUUCGUACAUCAUACAAGAGACAGUCUGCAUAGAGAUUCGAACGCGAGUCA